ACCAUCAUGACAGACGCCAAACGGUGAGGUGGGCUAAACCUAAACCUGCGUGUCAAAACGGAAAGUGCCAACGUUUACUUUUUGUACGAAUCGAAAGACAAACGGAUAAUCCUGUCAGGAAAUAAAAAUCUGGUUGUUUUUUAUUAUUGUACACCGUUAUCGGCACAGCGUGAAGAGAUAUGUGACAUGUUUUGGGGAGAGGCCUCUGUGCUGCUGCUGGCAAGCCAAGACAACAACACCUCAGUCAGCUGGAGAUGUUGUAAACACAAGAACUGGAUCAUGGGAGGUGCUUCAUCGCAAUGGAGUGUGUAGCAGUUCUGUGUGUCUGAUGAGGCUGUGGUCAUGGCACACUUUGACACAGAGUACCAGCGCCUGGAGGCGUCCUACAGCGACUCUCCUCCUGGAGAGGAGAACCUGCUCAUGCAUGUGCCCGAAGGGGUCAAGUCCCAAUGGCACCACAUCGAAAAUUUGGACCUGUUUUUUCAGAGAGUCUAUAAGCUACACCAGAAGAAUGGUUUCACCUGUAUGCUGCUGGGGGAGAUCUUUGAGCUGGUUCAGUUGCUGUUUGUGGUCGGCUUCACUGUGUUCCUUGCCAACUGUGUGGACUAUGACAUUCUGUUUGCCAACAAGUUUGUAAAUCACACAGACUCAUCUAAAGUGACACUGCCUGAUGCCUUUUUACCGGUGGAUGUCUGCACUGCUCGAAUAAGGGACAAUGCUUUUGUGAUAUUUGUUCUCACCAUCUCUGGAGUGUUUUGGUUACAUCGCCUGGUGAAAUUCAUCUACAAUGUGUGCUGCUACUGGGAGAUCCGGUCUUUUUAUAGAAACGCCCUUAAAAUGACCAUGUCGGAACUUCCUUAUGCAACAUGGCAGGAGGUCCAGGCACGAAUAGUGGAGAUACAAAAAGAACACCAGAUCUGCAUUCAUAAGAAGGAAUUAUCAGAGCUGGAUGUUUAUCACCGCAUUCUACGAUUUAAAAAUUAUAUGGUUGCCAUGGUGAACAAGUCGCUUCUUCCAGUGAAAUUUCAGCUUCCUGUCCUUGGGGAGUAUGUGUUCUACACCAGAGGUCUCAAGUAUAACUUUGAGCUCAUCUUCUUUUGGGGGCCAGGUUCUCUGUUUGAGAAUGAGUGGAGCUUGAAGCCUGAGUACAAAAGAGGAGGAAACAGACAUGACCUCGCUGACAAGCUAGCAUCUCGUAUCCUGUGGAUCGGCAUUGCCAAUUUAUUACUCUGCCCUGUCAUCCUGGUGUGGCAGAUUCUCUAUGCCUUCUUCAGCUAUACAGAGGUCAUUAAACGGGAGCCUGGGUCUCUGGGGGCCCGCUGCUGGUCUCUGUAUGGGAGGUGCUAUCUGCGCCACUUUAAUGAGCUGGACCAUGAGCUUAUGUCACGCCUCAGUAAAGGAUACAAGGCUGCAUUCAAGUACAUGAACUGUUUCCUGUCACCAUUAUUGACCGUCCUGGCCAAAAAUGUGGCGUUUUUUGCCGGCUCUCUCCUGGCCGUGCUCAUUGCCUUGACGAUCUAUGACGAGGACGUUCUAGCAGUGGAACAUGUCCUCUCAUCCAUCACCCUCCUCGGUGUGUGCAUCACCAUCUGCAGGUCAUUCAUUCCGGAUAAGCACAUGGUGUUUUGUCCGGAGCAGUUGCUAAGGGUGAUACUGGCUCAUAUACAUUACAUGCCUGACCACUGGCAGGGCAAUGCUCACCGCUCGGAAACCCGCGACCAGUUCUCACAGCUCUUCCAGUACAAAGCAGUGCUAAUUCUGGAGGAGUUGCUGAGCCCAGUGGUGACUCCCAUCAUCUUGAUCUUCUGCCUGAGGAGGAAGUCUCUGGAGAUCAUCGACUUCUUCAGAAACUUCACAGUGGAGGUGGUGGGCGUGGGGGACACCUGCUCAUUUGCUCAGAUGGACAUUCGACAGCAUGGACACCCAGCGUGGAUGUCGGAGGGGAAGACUGAGGCAUCCAUCUAUCAGCAGGCGGAGGACGGGAAGACGGAGCUCUCUCUCAUGCACUUUGCCAUCACCAACCCUCAAUGGCAACCUCCACAGGAAACCACCCACUUCCUCAGCCAGCUCAAAGAACGUGUGCACCGAGAAGUGACCGGACACACAGGGGACACACACCAAUACUCACUGUCCGAAUCAGAGCCGAGGAGUCUGAUCGCUAACCUCCUGGCAGGACCAUCCACCCUGGGCUCGGUUCAUUUUGCCCGAGACGCUUCUUUGGCCAACCACGCCGCGACCGCCAUCAACGACUCUGCCUCUGCCCUGCGCUCCCUCUCCCCUGUCAGCGGCAGUCUGUACCUCAGGGGCAGUCUGAGUGCAGUACAAAGAGGCCACACUUCCACCAUCAGCAAAGCAAUGGCUGGAUCUGGAACCGAUGCCCGCACCGUGAGCUCAGGCAGCAGCGCCUGGGAGGGGCAGCUCACCAGUUUGGUCUUAUCAGAAUACGCCUCGACGGAGAUGAGCCUCCAUGCACUUUACAUGCAUGAGUUCCACAAGCAGCAGUCACGUGGAGAGCUGCCUCGCCACACUUGGCACAGACAGGACAGCGACGAGAGCAGCGAUAGUAUCCCAGACGAGGUAAGGAGUGAGCCCCCGCGUUGCUCCAGGAAUCUCCCCCGCUCCCACACCUUCCCCACCACAGCACCCAGCCCCAGUGACAUCCCCAAGUCUGCUUCGGACACCAGCACUAACACCAGAGGCCAGGAGGGGGCGCCGCCUUCUACUGACAGACAAACAGAUUCUUUAGGUGCAGGAACAAAGUUUGUGAGGACUGCACGUGUUCCCAUGGGCGGGUGGGCAGACGACAGUCAAGCUGUGCCCAGAUACCCUGAGCCCCUUCCAGAGGAGAGCUCUGACGACGAGAUGCCCCCUCACAUACACAAGGUGACGUAGCCAUGGUUCUAGGCAUCCAUGCUGACUGUUUACUCUUUAAAUCUGCCCUCAACUUCCAUCUGCCACUACAGAUGAGCAAGACGAAUUCUUUUGAGCUCACAAAUCUAUAGUUAUGUAAAUUAAGAUUUUACUGUGUCACAUAUUGUUUAUUGGCGACACCCACUGUAAAUUACAUCUUCUUACUGACCCUCAUUGCAGUCAUUUCUCAUGCCUGAUCUAGUUUAAUAUGGACUGUUAAUUAAUGAGAUAAAUUGUAAUUAAUAUUUGUAUUCUACAAAAAUGAUAAUGCCUUUAUUUUUUAUUAUUGUUUGUUAUUAUUGUCAUUUUAAACAAUUUCUGGUUAAUUUAUAAAUCUUUUAUGCAUACAUUAAUUUCCAAACAAAUGCCCCAAGCACAAUUGCAUGUUUCUUUUCUUUUAUUCAUAAUGAAAAGAAAGAACUAGUACUAUAUUCAAUCAUAGCAUUGUUUUCUGUGUUUAAAUUUUUUCAUAUGCACAUAUUUUUGCACUUUACAGAUGGUGUCAUGGUUCAUGUGUUUGUACUUUUGUGUUUUAUUUAUCAAAAAUGGGGAAGUGCCAUGUAAAAAAUAAAGAUUGAUGUAAGCUGU